AUGACUCAGGUAGCGGGGAGUAAAUACUCGGCGUCGACGCAACGAACUGAGCGCAGCCAGGCAAUAAGAGGCCCCCAGAUUAAGUAUGAACACACUUAUAAAAUGGAACCAGAUCGAGUUUUCGUUUCUCAUCAAGCCAAGUGUAUAUUGGACGGCAUACUCAAACAGCGGUUAGAAUCAGAGACUUACGACCCGGAGAAAUGCAACAAUCUUUGCCGGGAACUAUCUGACAAGAUUAAGAAUCGAGUGAAGGAUCUUGGCUACCCUAGGUAUAAGCUUGUAGUUGUGGUAUCUAUUGGAUCGGUGGCCGGAGCAACGCUAUGUACCGCCAGUCAAUGUAUAUGGAAUGAUAAAUUUGACACAUUUGCCGAACAUUCCUACAAAAACGGAUCUAUUUAUGCAGUUGCAACAGUAUAUGGCGUUUAUCAAGAAUAA